AGUCAGGCCUGCACGCAGCUACCCGCAAGGCGGCGCGUCGACAAUUUGCAAUUUUGUUUGUUCGACUUUCCUGGUUCGCGUGUGAUUAUGCCGGUGUUACACAUGUUACCCCAUCGUAUUUCUGCUUUCCUCUGUUCCGUGUUGUUGAUUUUUCUGCUACAUUUAACUCUGUACGUGACUGAUGCACUUUACGAAGACCAAGUGGGGAAAUUUGACUGGCGACAGCACUACAUCGGUAAACUAAAGUACGUCUACAUCGACCCAAGCACAUCGGGGACACAAAAAUUCGUCGUUGCCACGGAGAAAAACGUUGUAGCUGCCAUAAACACACGCACGGGAUCUCUCUCAUGGAGGCAGGUCAUCGAAAAAGGCGGCCAGGUAUCUGCAAUGUCAUCUACUGGAGAGCUGGUAACCGUCUCCGGAGACGACGUCUUCUUCAUCCGUGGAUGGGAUUUUGCAACGGGAGUUCUUAACUGGGAAAAAGUGCUCCCACCGUCCUCGCCUCCGUCCUCGGCUCUAACUCUGGACGUUGAUUCCAACAACAAAGAAGUAACGGUCGCAGAAAGGCAUCCAGGCUCUCACGUCGUCGUCACAGUCUAUUCUCUGGACGACGGCACGCUGAAAGCUUCGCCCAAUGUUCCAGCACCGUGGAUGACGCACGAUACGAGUUGUGAAGUCAUUGGACACAAGUAUUUUAUGUGCUUCGAUACUGUGAGCAUGUCUGUGAAAGUGAUGUCGCUUGGCGAGUCAGCAGCCUUCAGAGAUUUCCCCGUUUCUUCGAUGGGAUUAUCCACGGAUAAUCCACACUCUCGGCCACAGUUUGUGCAGCUUCACCUACCUAGGAAGCAUGGAGAUGGCUAUUAUUUCGCGCUGAAGCUUCCCGGAAGUGGCUAUGCAGUAUUCCUCAUUGGUAGCGCGGGCCUGAGUUUGUCCAAGUUGCUGCCGAACGUUGUGCACCUCACUGCUACAGCCUUGAAUGAUAUGAAUGUGUUUGGCGCCGUAACGCAACAUGCGGACGUUUUUACCGUAAAAAUCUACAACGCGCAAACUUGGGAGGAGCUCGGAGAGUUUGACGGGGAAUUUACGGUGCCCCCAACGUACGGUUCACCAGAAUGUGUGCACCUGCUGCCAUUCUUCCGCAAGGACCGUACACCGAGCUACAAGAUCUUGGUCAGCACCGAAGAUCACGGGUUGGUGCUGUUUCACCAGCAGGGUAAAGUUUUCUGGAGCCGCGAAGAGGCCUUAGCAUCCGUGGUCUCGGCGGAGUUCAUAGACCUGCCUCUGUCGGAGACGGAUGCAAAGAUUGAACAAGAAUUCGGAGACAACGACAAGGCUAACAUACUCAGCAUGUUCAUCACUCGAAUCACGACACAAAUCUACCAGCUUCAAAGCCUCGUCGUCGCAUUCUUCGCGACGUUGCAAGGUAUCAGUCACCAGGCCGACUUGCUGUCGUCGCAGGAUCUCACACGUGACAAGUUUGGCUUCAACAAGGUGAUCUUCAUGACGACUUCCGCGAGGAAGCUCUUGGCCCUCGACAACAGGAACGGCCAGAUCAUCUGGACAAAGUACAUCUCGGAGAUGAACCCGCUGAACAAGCUCGGAAAGCCGCACCUCCCGAUUUUCGUGCAGAGGACGACGGCCCACUAUCCGCACCCUGCCAGGUGCACCGUGUUCGGUAAGCACCGUCUUACCGGCAACAGUAUUAUCGUGUCCGUCAACCCCAUUACCGGUGCCCUGCUGGACAAACAGGAACUGCCGUACCGUAUCAUACAGGUCUCGUCUCUACCCUCUCCAGACAGCGAAUACAUUCGUGGUCUCGUUCUGCUAGACAGUAACCUUACCGUGCACACGUACCCCACUUCGGCUGAAAGGACCCUCCUCAGGCACAAGGACACGCAGUACAUAUUCACAGCCAGCGCCGAGACCGGUGUGCUCACCGGCUACAGCUUGCGCCCGUCCACCGAGUCGAAGCUUCAGAUCGAGGAGGUCUGGAAGACUCCCCUCCCUCAAGACUCUCAAACCAUCACCCACGUUGAAAUGCGGAACCCACUGGAGCACGUGCACUCGCAGGGAAGAGUCAUGGGGGAUCGCAGUGUCCUGUACCGCUACCUCAACCCCAACCUGGCCGCCGUGGUGACCGAAGGGGUGGACAUACAGAAGAUGUCCUCGGUCACCGUGUACCUUGUAGACGUGGUCACCGGAGUGCUCAUCUACGCCGCCAGUCACAAGCGAGCGCGGGGUCCCAUCCACAUAGUCCACUCCGAGAAUUGGGUCGUCUACAGCUACCACAACGAGAAGAGCCGUCGGACGGAGAUGUCUGCCGUAGAGCUCUACGAGGGAGCGACGCAGAGCAACACCUCCGCCUUCAGCUCGUUCACCUCUCCGCCGUCACCAGCUGUCGAACACCAGACCUACAUUUUCCCAGGAAACGUGGAGGCUAUGGAUGUCACCGUCACAGAAAAAGGCAUUACGAGCAAGCACAUCCUGGUCGCGCUGCCCAGCGGUGCCAUAGCGGAACUCCCGAGGGCCCUGCUGGAUCCCAGGCGCCCCAUUAUCCCGACGGCCGAGCACCGCGAAGAGGGACUCAUCCCGUACCUGCCCGAAUUGCCCAUCAGUGCCGAACACAUAAUCAACUACAACCAGAGUGUGUCCAUGGUGGCCGGAUUUGCCGCGGCAGCGUCCGGAUUGGAGUCCACUUGCCUCGUCGUUGCGUACGGCUUGGACCUGUUCUACACGCGCGUGACACCAUCAAAGACGUUCGACAUCCUCAAGGAUGAUUUCGAUCAUGUGCUCAUUUCUGUAGUUUUGACUGUGUUGAUAAUAGUGUCGUAUAUUAGUAAAAGGUUAUCGACGAGAAAGGCACUGAGAGCAGCAUGGAAAUAAAAAUAACUCGGGACCGGGACUGGAAAACAUUCUCACGAUUGCUGUUCGGUGUGCCACCGUUAUUUUCCGAGAGUUUUAAGUCGUGAUAACGGGAACUGUGAUGCCUUGAGCUUUUUCCUCUUUCUUCCCAGUUCUUUGGUGAAUGCCGGUGCAGAGUUGGCUCUGUUUAGAGGACGGUGUCAUAUAGAACACGUAGAAAUGCAGGUGUAUCCGAAGGGUGUCAGUUAUUGUCGCGGCUCACACCAGGGACUGCAAGGCCCCACACCACAGCAGUAGUACUGUGUAAAAAUUAACUUUUGAGUCUCCGCACACCAGAUUAGCUACUGCUUUUCACAGCACAUCGCAACUCUCAAAUUAUUUGCUAAAGUGUCUCACUGUUUGGAACGAGUAUUGCCAGUUUAUUACUAGUCCUUUUCUACAAACGAGAAAAGUUGUGAAUAAAAAGAUAUUCCCGUCUAAA